AUGCAUGGCCUUGUGCCCGUCGCUCUUCCCAACGCGCCAGACGCUGAUAUUGGCAAGACUGCUGGUAGCAAUGCAUUCGCUGCCUUAUGGACCCCCUCGAAAGCUGCUGCACUCGACGCGGCCAAUGUGCCCCGGGCGAGGACGCAUCGUGCAUGGGAGCGCAAGGCAACCCAGUCAAGAGGCGCGGAUGGCAAGGUGAAAACGGUGUGGAAGAGAUAUGGCCUGCGCUCACGGCAGCCCGAUCUUCUCGAAGCAGAGAGCCAAGGGAAACAACGUAAUAAGAUAGAAGAUGGUGUAGAUAUCGCUGCAGGGACUGCAGACAGAUCUCCCGUCAGGAUCGUGAAAAAGUCCCGGCUUGCAAGCCCUGUGAAGGCGGGCUGCAGCGGUGGGAGCACGGGCAAGAGGAAAAGCAGUGCAACGCGAUAUGAAAGGCGCAAGAGUGGCUACCGGCGGAAACCUUUGUCGAGCCUUGCCCUUGGCACGUCAGCUAUGCCUGUUCUUCAAGUCUCAGAGAUAAAAGAAGCAGUUCAGGAUCCUGUAAAGGAAACUACAGUCAAGCAGCCUGACGCUCCCGGAGAGAUUGAUAUGGAACGAGAUCAUAAGGAUACAUCAGAACAGGAGGACUCCAUGUGUGAAGCGGCUGAGGCACAGCUGCUCAAUGAAGCGGGCUUGGAGCCAAUACCUGCAGACUUUGCCAUUUCGCCCGUUAAAUAUCCCAUACAAAUCGCUCAGGAUUCACCCUCGGAUGUCGAGAAAACACUCCCAGGCGCGACGAUGGAAGAGUCUCAGGAUGCGAGCUUUGUCACUGUGGACGAGCAAAUUGAGACUUUUAGUGACGCGGUUCAGUAUCCCGCUCUUGAUCGCACGAACUCCUCAGAAGACUCGCUCAUCUCAAGAUCCGUUGGGGAGGCGGCUGAAUCGCAGUCCGAGAGGACGGCAGCCGUAAUUCAAGCUGGAGAACAGUCGUGGGCAAAGAACUCCGUACGCUCGAUCAUAUAUCCUUCAUUGGAUAUCUUUGGAUUUUGUAAUGAGGAAUGCCAUUCUCCGCAAGAAGAACAGUCUCCGACGCAAUCGAAUACUGGCUGUGCUGAUACUAGUUCAGCCGAGACGUUUACGAUAUCCCUCAAUGACGAGACGGUUAAUUUAGGCGCGCUUCUUGCUAAGAAUGAAAACCUUUCUGCUAGAGUUACAGAAAACGAGAUUCACCUGGAAGUCGCCGAGCCGGGUGAUGAGUAUGAAGACUCGGCGCUGGCACCGGAUGCUACAGAAGAAACAAAGGAUAAUGAAUCCCCUGACAACAGCCCCGAUGAGCUGUCUAUGGAUCCUGAUGCUACAGAUACCUUGACUGAGACCAGCACAGAUACAUUUACGCAUCUGGAAGAUGACAGAGCCAAGCUGAGCUCAUUUUUGCGGCGCGUUGCUGCUGCGAAAGAGAAGAAGACGGCUAGUGUUUCUAGACGUGAAUCUCUUCAGAAUCGGCGGGACUCCGACGUCGUCAGAAAAGCGCUAGCAUCACCCCGUCAAGCGCUCGAAGACAAAGACACGAAUCAAUCCCCGCAACGAGCAUCUAGAGCCACCAUAGAAUCCAGCCUUGAUAUCGAAAAGGUUCUCAACAGCCCAGUUGUAAAGCCCCUAAACACACGCCCAGCUCUAGACCACGAAGAACAAGACGAGCUAUCAGCGGAGAUUCAGACCGGCUCGCCAAGGCGACGAAGCUCACGAAGCACAAGAUCCAAGUUGCCACACUUUUCAAACCAAACUACAGGUAUUGCGCCCAGCAAGAUUUCUGUGCGCACGGACGGUGGCGAGAAGGUGAAUCUGAACCGUACAGAGGCACAGCAGCUUGCCGAUCUCGUCAGACGAAAUACUAAGAAAAACAAGGGAUCAUCACUCCCUGCUCCCCAACGUCUUGCGAAGCUCAAGCUUGAAGCUCUUGCAACCAUUGUCGACAACAGCUCUCCUGUCGUAGACAAAUUUAUCAAGCGUGGUGUCAAGACGGUUACGUGGCGGGAACAGCUUACGGAAUAUGCAACAAGCAUCGCCACUGCUGACCUCGAAGCCGACGAUGCAACGGCCCCUUUAACAGAAGAUGUCAUAUCUAGAACUGAACCCAAGAAGAAAGCCAACCAAGGAACCCCGAGAAUGCGUAAACUGAAGUCAUUAGGUGGAGUGAAUGGCACCCCAGCGAGAAACGUGCUUCAGUCAAUUCAACUUCCCGAUGAUGUUGAAGACGACAAACAGCCCAAGAUUGCCACUGCUACGUGUGCGAAUGCAAAAAAGAAGCGUAGCAUGAUUGCCCCAGCUGCAGCAGCUCCAAAUGAGGAGGUUCCGCCCAACUUAACAGCAGCGGACGAAGAAGAGAAGAAAUUCCAAAGAAAGAGCAAAUUACCUCCACCGAAGAAGCUGAACCUGAACCCAAGUGUAAAUUCGCUGGGCGGUGUUUUCGGGUCUGCACUUCCAGUGCUUCAGGGCAAAGAAAACGGCGGUCUUAUCGCAAAUGGUUUGAACAGUCCAGCCAAGAAACCCAGCAAGAUCCCCGCACCGGCGAGCAUCAUGGGAUCGGCUCCUGUGAUGGGUACGGAUGCCACAAGUGGAUUGAGGCACCCCGUUAAACGAGUAAGGGGUGCUGUGGGAAGGAAGGUCUGA